GAAGAGCAGGUGGAGGUGGUGGCGGCCGGAAGAUGCUGCUCUUUGGAGUAAAUUGCAAUCGAUUAGGGAUCGUUUCUCAGAAUCAAGUUAGAAGUGAGAGUUCAGAUAAGUGAGGCCGCCAUUGCUGCUUUGAACACCUCAGAAGGGGAGAAUGGAUUUAUCAGGAUUGAAAAAGAAGAGCUUGCUAGGAGUCAAAGAAAAUAAUAAAAAGUCCAGCACUAGGGCUCCUUCUCCUACCAAACGCAAAGACCGCUCUGAUGAGAAGUCCAAGGAUCUCUCUAAAGAUAAAGGGGCCACCAAGGAGUCAAGUGAGAAGGAUCGCGGCAGGGAUAAAACUCGGAAAAGGCGCAGCGCUUCCAGUGGUAGCAGCAGCACCAGGUCUCGGUCCAGCUCAACCUCCAGCUCAGGCUCCAGCACCAGCACCGGCUCCAGCAGCGGCUCCAGCUCCUCCUCUGCAUCCAGCCGUUCGGGAAGUUCCAGCACAUCCCGCAGCUCCAGCUCAAGCAGUUCCUCCGGCUCUCCAAGUCCUUCUCGGCGCAGACAUGACAACAGGCGGCGCUCCCGCUCCAAAUCCAAGCCACCUAAAAGGGAUGAAAAGGAGAGGAAAAGGCGGAGCCCUUCCCCUAAACCCACCAAAGUGCAUAUUGGGAGGCUCACCAGGAAUGUGACCAAGGAUCACAUCAUGGAGAUAUUUUCCACCUAUGGGAAAAUUAAAAUGAUUGACAUGCCUGUUGAAAGAAUGCAUCCUCAUCUAUCCAAAGGCUACGCAUAUGUAGAGUUUGAGAAUCCGGAUGAAGCUGAGAAGGCUCUGAAGCACAUGGAUGGAGGACAAAUCGAUGGCCAAGAGAUCACUGCCACUGCUGUGCUCGCCCCCUGGCCUAGGCCACCACCCAGGCGAUUCAGCCCUCCCAGGAGAAUGCUGCCACCACCUUCCAUGUGGCGCAGGUCCCCCCCACGGAUGAGGAGAAGGUCCCGCUCCCCGAGACGUAGGUCUCCUGUGCGCUGGCGAUCUCGCUCCCCUGGCCGCCACCACCACAGGAGCUGCUCCAGCUCCAACUCCUCCUAAUAAGCAGGGCCACUGAAGCUCAUGCCCCCUGUAACUUAUAUCCUAACCCAUCUGGCUCAGUUUUGUCACUUUCCUAGCCAAAGGAGGAUCAGUAGGAAAGGAAAUCCCUCACUCGGGCAGGCUUUCAAGGCAGCUAUUGAGACAUCUCUGCAGGCUGGUUUCUAGCUGCAGAAGUAUUGUCAGUUAGGGGUUGUGCCUAUAAAAAUGCCCUCAGUUUUCUGACUAGAAAACUUACCUGUUUCAACUACCUGAGAGAGUUCAGUGGCAAAGCCACCAGUGAUAAGCAAGACUCCAGGUGGCAGUGUGGCUCAGCCUGGGAGCUUGCUUUUCUUUACCAUGAGUGGCCUAAUUGCGCCUUUGCUGUUGCUGUGCAGCAUCCUUUGGGGAAGUGAGCCACACUUUUGCACAGCCAAGGUCUGGACUUUUUUGCCCCCUGCUUGAGUCUUCUUCUGACCUUGAGAGUUGCCAUAGAUGGUUGUCUGUCGGUGUACUUGCACACAUGCCACACCCCCAUACCCCUGUUCUCUGAAAUUGCCAGUGCUAUUAGGAUUGGCACCGAAUCUCCACUGGGCCUGUCUUUCAUGGUGGUUGUCUUGCAGGCUACCUUGGCAACAUGUAUAUUGCUUCUUUUUGCUUUUAUUGUACAGUUAGUACUAUAAAAUUUGUUUUGAGUUUUGUAACUUUGUAGCAUUUUAGAUAACAUUGUAUUUGUACUUUGUUGUGCAGAGUGAAGGAGUUGUGUUGAAUAAACCUAGGAUUAGA